UGCCUUUUACCUGACGUAGGGGAAUUCCCACUUUUGUGGUAAACAAGGCAACAAACAUAAACAACACGGUUCAUGAAAUGUGAUGGGUUCUGAUUACGGAGAAAACAAAUUUUAAAGAUGAAAAUAAAGAUAAAAGUAUGACCAGUCAAUCAUCAAAGCUAUAGUUUGUUGAUACAACAAUAUCUACAUCAAUUGACUUCUAGUUUAAGUACCAGCGCCCAGGAGAGAUAAACCAUGACGUUGUCAGUCCACCAAUCAAACACUUGGGAAAAGACGAGCCCUCGCAAUGUAAGGAACCCAAACACUGCUCAAGCUUUGAAAAGAUAUUUGGACCUAACUUUGACAGGAACAAAGAAAAAUUUGGCAACACACGGAAAGAACAUAGGUCGGAAAGGUCACCCCCCUUCUCCAUACACAUUUGAUCGACCGGAUAUGGAGCAUUCAGUCUACCAAGUUCUUAAUGCUCACACCAACAAGACAUCUCGGUUCAAUAAAGCCCCAAGUUGGGUGCAGGAAAUAAACGAAAAAGUGAAAAAUCACAACGGAGAAGCUCCCAUGUUUACUGAGCAGUUUUUACCGGCAUAUAAGCUAGAGCAGCACAGGCCAGAAUCACGUCCGUUAUCAGGAAUAUCAACCAAGAGUGCCCCGGUGGUGAUUAAUGGUGAAAUGUAUUAUCGACCAAACAGAAAACACACAUAUUUACAGGCAUCUAAUCGACCUUGCUCGGCUAAGGAUGGGAGGCAAACUCGGGCCAAUAAAUUGAAAAACAAACAUCGUGCACAAUCCAUGACAGCUCUGCCUUCAAAUGACACCAAACAACAAUUAAAAAGGAUGAAGGAGAAGAAGCCAAUACCACUUCAUCUAAGCCGAGAUUUGCUCCCAAUACCAUGUCACACCGGUGAAACUCCUCAUUCGUUUAUCAUCGGAGCGAGGUACAACUGCUCUAACUUCAUGGACUCUAGAUCAUUUGCUCGCCUCGGACUUUACGUUCCUCGUCAGGAUCCUCUUCGCACUUUCCUGAAAACUUACAAGGGGGAAGAUGGGAUUGAAGAACCAACGAGUGAAUCAGACUUUGUUGGCUUUACCAGUGUAAGAGUUGGGGGUAGCAGCACUAAGACACAACCAAAUAUAGCAAGAAAGCCACCAACAGGCCAACGUAUGCAACGUUCCCUACCCCCUCCACAUGUACGUAGGGUGGUGCGGGAAGCUUGGCUUAAUGGAGAUUUGACAAACAACACUGAAACAAACCAGUCAAGAAACUCAGUUGUACAUUAUGCUCCUCAGAUUGAUAAUGAAAAUCUACCUAAUUCAAAGGUUGAAUACAAAGCACCAUCCACAACCCCCAGGAGCUCAAAGCAAGUUUCAAAAUCCAAGCCUGGUUCAAGAAAUAUAAAUAUAACUGGGCAGCAAGUGAACAACGCUGUGUCAGAGAGUCCAGUCAGCCAACCUAGGUCCACACCAGGUGGCAGCCGAGCUUCGAAAGUUGGCACAAGUCCAGUCAUAAGAAAGCGAAGCAUUGAAGCAAUAGUUCCAUGUCCGGAAUAAAUUUUUGUUUACAUAUUUUUGUUAAAGAAGUGGGUUUUAGUUGCAAAAACAACAAUCCACUGCCGUUCACAAAAUGUUCCACCAGUGGCCCUCUUUGCAGUUUUACCUGUCUGGGUUUUUUUAACUUUCUUAGCAUAAAAUUACAGUUCUUAAAACAGUAUGAAAAAUAUAAGACAGGCAUGACGUACUUUACUAUCCGCUUGCAAUGCUAGUAUGCUACACUAUGAAUUCCUGUUACCAUGUACCGUAGUAUGUUUAAUAUGCUGUGUAUAAUUAAUGUACCUUUAAACAUGAACUUACCUGGUUUUAUAAUGUAAUUUUCCUAAUACCGUUUCUGCAGAAACACUAACUUUCUACCUCAGUGGUCUUCUGCUUGCCAAAACACAAAACUAAUGACCAAAAUGGAACAUUUUGUCUUGUAAGAAUUUGCAGCCAUAUUCAUAGAACUAGAACUAAAUCUUUUAAACUACUUUUAAUGCGGAUUACACUUAACAAUAACUAGCAUACUUAAAUCUGUUGUAUUUGUGUUCACUGUGAUUCAUGUAACUGUAGUGCCAAAUAAACUAAUUCAUU